UCUCCCCGCCCACGUUCUCAGCCGGUGAAGGUGAAGGUGAAAUUCUCAGUUUGUCGUUGCCGACCGAUCUGUCCUCUGCUCACCAUGGCCGCUGCCUCCAUCUUCUCCUCCGUCCCCCAGGCGCCCCCCGUGGCUGUAUUCCAACUCACCGCAGAUUUCCGGGCGGACAGCGACCCCAGGAAGGUCAACCUGGGAGUGGGAGCUUAUCGUACUGAUGACUCCCAGCCUUGGGUUUUGCCGGUGGUUAAAAAGGUGGAGCAGAAGAUUGCAAAUGACAACUCUUUAAAUCAUGAAUACUUGCCAAUUUUGGGUCUCCCAGAGUUUCGCUCUGGUGCUUCCAGAAUUGCUUUAGGGGAAGAUAGUCCAGCAAUCAAAGAGGCUCGGGUAGGUGGUGUUCAGUCCUUGGGUGGCACUGGAGCACUGCGAAUUGGAUCAGAGUUUCUAAGGAAAUGGUACAACGGAACGAACAAUACUGCUACUCCCAUCUACAUCUCUGCUCCUUCUUGGGAAAACCAUAACGCUGUAUUCAUCGAUGCUGGAUUUAAGGAUAUCCGAGCAUACCGCUACUGGGAUGCUGCUAAUCGAGGACUUGACCUUCAGGGAUUUCUGCAAGAUUUAGAGAAUGCACCAGAAUACUCUAUCUUCGUUCUUCAUGCAUGUGCACACAACCCUACUGGGACAGACCCCACUCCUGAUCAAUGGAAGAAAAUAGCUGACGUCAUGAAGAGAAAGUAUCUCUUCCCAUUCUUUGACUCUGCCUAUCAGGGAUUUGCUUCUGGAGAUCUUGACAAAGACGCGUGGGCCGUACGCUAUUUUGUAUCUCAGGGAUUUGAACUGUUCUGUGCUCAAUCGUUUUCCAAGAACUUUGGUUUGUACAAUGAGAGGGUGGGUAACCUGACUGUUGUGGGAAAAGACGGUGAAAAUGUUGGCCGUGUCCUCUCGCAGAUGGAGAAAAUUGUCCGUACUACCUGGUCAAAUCCACCAUCACAAGGCGCACGCAUUGUUGCAAUAACUCUGAACACCCCUGAACUGUUUGAUGAAUGGAGGGAUAAUGUGAGGACCAUGGCUCAUAGAGUCCUGUUGAUGAGAUCUGAACUCAAAUCAAGGCUGGAAGCCCUUAAAACUCCAGGCGCUUGGAACCACAUUGUUGACCAAAUUGGAAUGUUCAGCUACACUGGGCUAAACCCUAAGCAAGUGGAGUAUCUGAUUAAAGAGAAGCAUAUCUACUUGAUGGCCAGUGGUCGCAUUAAUAUGUGUGGAUUAACAACAAAGAACAUUGACUAUGUGGCUCAGUCUAUUUAUGAAGCUGCCAACAUCCAUUAAAUAUAUUGACGACAUUUAAUUUGUGAUGUGUAGUACGUGGACUAAUGUUCACGGUUGAAACCUUACCCGUGUUUUGUUAAUGCUUUAAAAUGGAACAAAUAUUCUGCAGGGAGAAUUGUUACACAAGGUUAUGUGUUUAUAAAAGAACACUUAUUGUAUUCCGUGGUUAAUUCCCUUUAUUGAAACCUUUGAAUGGCUUCCCAGCUCAGACCUAGUAUUCUCAUGCUCUUCACAAUGCAUAUCUCCCUCUUUCUGUUUGUAAGCUCUUAUCUCUUUUGUUUUUCAUAUUAGAUAUAAUGCGUGUUACAGAUGUUAAAUUCUGCAAAUCAGCAGUUAAUGACGAAGAAUAACCAAGAUGGAUUUUUGGGAAUACACUCUUAGUGAAAGAGCUCAUCAAAUUUAAAUACACCGGUCAACCACCAUUUGCAGACAAUACAUGUCCAUCUUACGCUAGAUCUAUUCUAUACAUUGGCUUGUAAAAUAGUUUUAAA